ACAAGCCCUGAAUUUGACGAUCAAGAACCCUUUAUGCAAUCUCUACUGCCCCAACACCGCUCCGAUAACCGGUCCGACCCUAGCAUGACCAGUCAAGAUCGAUAUCCCCUAUCAUAUAGUGACACCGCAAGCCUUUCAAAAGACUCUUCUGACGAGGGAACACAUGAUGGGCUGGCCUUCGAGUUGGCUGAUUCCAUGAACCUCGACUCCGCCUCAACAAGCUCGAAACGCUGGGCUCAGCGGCAAGCACCUGCAUUAAGCAGCCUGCGCCGGUAUCCCACCCGCCGAAUCAAAUUGGUUAAAGGGACAGUCUUGAGUGUUGAUUAUCCUGUUCCGAGCGCCAUAAGAAAUGCCGUUGAGACAAAAUACCGCGACCUUGAAGAAGGGCAAAAUGAAGAAUUUACCCAUAUGAGAUAUACGGCAGCGACAUGCGACCCAGAUGAGUUUACGCUGCAACAUGGAUAUAACCUACGCCCUUCAAUGUACAACCGGCAUACUGAGAUGCUUAUUGCAAUUACCUACUACAACGAGGAUAAAGUCCUCACAGCAAGAACACUGCAUGGUGUGAUGCAGAAUGUUCGCCAUAUCGUCAAUCUGAAGAAGACCGAGUUCUGGAACAAGGGAGGUCCAGCGUGGCAGAAGAUAGUUGUCUGCCUCGUAUUUGACGGGAUCAAGCCAUGUGACAAAAACACACUCGAUCUUCUAGCUACUGUUGGUAUUUACCAAGAUGGUGUGAUGAAGCACGAUCUGGAUGGCAAAGAGACAGUGGCUCACAUAUUUGAAUAUACAACACAGCUAUCGGUCACUCCAACACAACAACUGAUUCGGCCCUUCGAAGACGACCCAACAAAUCUUCCGCCGGUCCAAAUGAUUUUCUGUCUGAAACAACAAAAUAGCAAGAAGAUCAACUCGCACCGAUGGCUAUUCAAUGCAUUCGGACGUAUCCUCAACCCAGAGGUUUGCAUCUUGAUUGACGCUGGAACUAAGCCAGGACACAAGUCCUUACUCACUUUAUGGGAGGCAUUUUACAACGAUAAAGACCUCGGCGGAGCUUGUGGCGAGAUCCAUGCACUUCUCGGUCCUGGCUGGAGAAAGGUUUUGAAUCCGAUCGUGGCGGCACAGAACUUCGAAUACAAGAUCUCCAACAUUCUAGACAAGCCUCUGGAAAGCACCUUCGGAUAUGUGAGUGUCCUGCCAGGGGCAUUCUCAGCCUACCGCUACCGAGCAAUCGUUGGCAGGCCGCUAGAACAAUAUUUUCAUGGUGAUCAUACACUCUCAGCGAGGCUCGGAAAGAAAGGUAUCGAGGGCAUGAACAUCUUCAAAAAGAAUAUGUUCUUAGCGGAAGACCGGAUCCUAUGUUUUGAGUUGGUCGCGAAAGCAGGCUGUCGCUGGCGACUUACUUACGUGAAAGCAUCGAAGGGAGAAACCGACGUGCCAGAGAGUCCCCCUGAAUUCCUCUCCCAAAGGCGGCGCUGGUUAAAUGGAUCAUUUGCAGCGGGUUUGUAUGCGAUGAUGCAUUUCAAUCGCAUCUACGGGAGUGGCCAUAGUUUUCUCCGGCUAUUCGUUCUGCACGUACAAUUUGUCUACAACGUCGGUCAGCUGAUCAUGACAUGGUUCUCGCUGGCAUCGUACUGGCUUACCACGUCUGUUAUCAUGGAUAUCGUUGGCAUUCCGAGUGCAGUGAACCAUGGAAAAUCCUGGCCAUUUGGAAGCGAAAUAUCGCCAAUAUUCAAUACUUUCAUAAAGUUUGGGUAUAUCGCAUUCCUCAUACUUCAAUUUAUUUUGGCCCUCGGAAAUCGACCCAAAGGGUCCAAGAUCCCAUACACGCUAUCAUUGACCUAUUUUUCCAUCGUCCAGCUCUAUAUCCUUGUACUGUCGUUCUACCUUGUCGCACAGGCACUCACUCCGGAAAAUUUGAGUUUCAACCUCAAUGAUGGGAUCGGAAACUUUUUGAAACAAUUUGUUUCCUCCACCGGCGGAGUUGUCCUGGUUGCUCUGGUGUCCACUUAUGGCAUCUACUUUAUCGCCAGUUUUCUCUACUGGGAUCCUUGGCACAUGUUCACAUCUUCAUGGGCUUAUUUCCUGGGCAUGCCAUCGUCGAUCAAUAUUCUAAUGGUCUAUGCAUUCUGUAACUGGCACGAUGUUUCAUGGGGCACCAAGGGAUCCGAUAAAGCAGAUGCGUUGCCAUCAGCUCAGACAAAGAAAGAUGCUCACAUACCAUUUGUGGAGGAGGUCGACAAACCACAGGCAGAUGUCGAUGUUCAAUUUGAACAGACAGUCAAAAGAGCCCUUGCUCCGUGGCACGAGCCAGAGGAAAAGGACGAAACAACACUCGAGGACUCCUACAAAGCAUUCCGAACUAAUCUGGUGCUAUUAUGGACAUUCAGCAAUGGCCUCCUAGCGCUGUGCAUCAACAAUGACGGGAUUAAAAAGCUGUGUCUUACAACAACUUCCACUCUUCGAACAGCAUGGUACUUCCGAGUCGUACUCUGGGCCACUUCGGGUCUUUCCAUUUUCCGUUUUCUUGGAGCUCUGUGGUUCCUUGGUAAAAUGGGUAUUUUGUGCUGUUUCUCACGGCGCUGA